UCAGCGCCUUGUGGAGGAAUGCUCACCUCUCCACGACUAUCGGCGAGUCUGUGGUUGAUCAAGAUGUUUAUUAACUUGUAUAUGUGAAAGAAAGGCAAGACACAUAGUGGAUUUGUGAAUGGAAGAAAAACAAAACAAGAAGAACAUCAACAACAACACAAGAACAAGUAGAAAAUGUGAAAUAAUAACAAGGGAUGUUUAUUGAAUGUUAUUUUGGCUCGUACUUGAAACACAAUAGGGCACUCAGUAUAUUCGUUAGUGAAGAAAGAAGAACAAAAGAACAAGAGUGAAAGGAUAGUAAUUAAAUGAAAAGAUAUAAUACCUUAACAUAAAAACGAAGGGAAGAAAGGAUUAACAUCAUCAAAGUAGAAAGAAACAACAAAAUAGCAACAUUGGAAGUAGUUUACGUCAACACAAGAAAAACCAACGAUAACAAAAGAAAAGACGUCACGAAUAGCAAGAUGACGGCUUUUGUUUACAUUCUCUUUCUGGUGAUGUCACUAAUGUGCUUCGAGUCCGCCAGACUGGUGGACUUCGGGGACCUGGAGUAUAGGAUGCUGGACUUUGAAUUUGAAGUUCUCCUGAAGAUGUACCUGAAGGAGUGGCGAUUCCUGACGGAGGACUCAAAGAUGAUGGAUCUCGGGGAAGUCUUACCAAAAAGAACCUUUAUCCGAGAGAGCUACACCAGAGAUAUUAAAAUCAGUAAUCAUCGUAAUGGCAGAGUUGUGGAUACCAGUAAGCCGAGAAGUAAGACUUUGGGUAAUACAAAAGUCUCAGGAUUAAACACCUCGUUGAACAAUGAAGUAAGUCACAGAAUGGAUACGAAUGUUAAACGAAUGAACCACGAAAAAAGUCUUACGUCUAAUGUUUCUCAAAAUUUGACGAAUGUGAUUAAAACUCUGGAAGAAGAAGGGUUAUCUGGGAGUAUGAUGGGGGCUGAGGUUGAUGAGGAGGAUCAGGAAGAAGAGGUGUUAUCCAGGGGGAAGAGGGGAGGUGGGAUGCCUGUGAUGUACAUGCCAGGGGGUGGGAAGAAGACAAGGAAGUGUUCCCAGGUAAAUGGCCUCCUAGGUGGGUUCAACACUUUUAAUUAUCUCACCUUCGUCACGGGCGUCAUCACCCUCGUCCUUAAUGUCAACAACAAUCUCAAUAACAACAACAAUAACAACAACCUUAAUAAUAACAAUGACAUCUCCAAUAACAACGUCAACGCCAACACCAACACCCAGAAUGCUAACCAGGUGGUGCUCUUCCCCCCUGGCAGGAAGCGACGCUCCCUUGCAGACUGGCUUCUGCAGGUGGCCAGCAUGAGAUCAGCUAUUACCACAGACAAGGAUAUUAAAAGUUUGUCAGCAGAACAAAAGUCAAAUGUUGGGACAGAAUUGGAAACCAGCUGGUGCCUAGCAACAGAGGCAGUGGUGGUGGCACUGCAGCUUUUUGAUGUCUGGAUACAGGCUAGUACAGGAGUGAGUGGAGACUGUGGUUGGGCAGAGUACUGCAAAGUCCUUCAUGACCUUACCUCAAAGGGCAGCAUAUCUGGAGCCUUGGCCAAACCUGUCAGAUCCUUCUCCAAACUAGUGUCACCACAGUGGGUUGGCAGCACCACCUGUCUCCUGCAUCGUGCCCGCUGCAAACUUCUGUGAUCAACUUACCACACAUUCAGCCUUACAAAGUCCAUAUAAGAAUUGUUGCAAUGCUCCUCACAUCAGGUACGAUACAUUCAAUAUUUUGUGAGGUUCUGCUUCAGUAUGUUGAGUAUAAUCCACCACAGCUGCUUUAAAAAUACUGUACUUUUUUUUUUUCCCACUUCAGUACAGAAUGGCCACUAUCAAGAGCAACAAUUUUUAUCAUUCACCAUCAUUUGUUCCUUUUAGUUGCAGUAUUAGAACCGUUUUGUGGUCUGCCCUUCCCACCAUCACUUGCAAGACCAAGUUAUCCUUCUCAUUUAUCCUGGUUACUUCCUACAUCACAUUCUCUCAUACCCGAGAAGUCCUCUUGAGAAUUCUGCAUUUUAUGUUUUCAUAUUUUUUAAACACCAGUACUGUACCUGCAUCUGUACUAAUUUUACAAGAAGCAUACUUAUUAUGUUACAACUCCUGGCUGAACCUGAUCAUACAGUACUAAUGUUGUUUACUACAUUCACAAAAUUUUGCUUUUAGUACAGAAGUACAGUACUGUACAUAUAUGAAAUAAAAACUAAGUCAUUAGGUUCUGAUGCAGUGGAAGAUUCUAUGUACAUUUACAAAUCAU